AAAAGGUUUGCAGAUGAUAGUAUGGAAUUUGGAAUCGGAUCCUAUUUGGAGAGCGGAAGCGGCGACAGCUCAUCGAAAAAGAGAGAAACGACGACGCCAAAUAGUAGCAGGCAGCAUCCCCAACGUCCCUUUUCGAACCGGUCGCUCCGCAAUUUGUGUGUGUGAGAGAGAGAGAAGAGGAGAGAGUAUUCACACAGUGACGCACGCAUGCGCAGGGUACCUUCUCACACAUCAGCACACACUCAAUUUUCACAUAUACAGACACAUACUAAUAUACUCACUUUCUCACACACACAUUUGUAUAUGGUGUAUACACUCAUUUUUCUCUUGACUCCCGCGUCUCUCUCUCUCUCUCUCACACACACACACACGCACUCACUUUCUCUCUCUAUCUAGCUCCUUCCGCCCCGGUCCUCCUCCAUCCCAUAAUGACUUUCAAAUUACUUACUUAUGUCUUCUUGUCACCUCCUGUGCUUUUCUCUCUCUAGCUUCGCCUAGGGUUUUACGCUUUUAUUGUUCAAACCUGACUAGGGAAAUUUAGUGCUCAAUUUAUUUGUCUAGCUAACACAGCACAGUUAACAUUUGGUUUUGGCCACUAGAUAGAACAGAAGUUGGUGUCUUGUUAGGGUUUGUGUGUGUGAUGUCGUCUACGACGGAGGUGUGUUUUAAUUCAAACUGCAAAGAUACGUCGGAGAAGUGGAGGAGAGGCUGGCGUCGCCGCACCGGCGAGUACGCUCACCUCUGUGAUCGCUGCGCUUCUGCUUAUGAGGAUGGGAAAUUUUGUGAGACGUUUCACAUGAAUGCGUCAGGGUGGAGAUGCUGUGAAUCUUGUGGAAAGCAAAUACAUUGUGGAUGCAUAGUUUCAUUCCAUAUGUUCGUACUAUUGGAUGCAGGAGGAAUAGAAUGCUUAACAUGUGCAAAAAAGAGUUACAUUUUGACACCAAAUCCAGCAUGGCCACCACCUUUGCAUUUCCUUCCUUCGCAGCCUGAAAGAAUGAAGGAUCUUUCAAUGAAAACAUGGAAUGCUAUAGCUGGCUCAGGUCCAGUUCCAUGGCGUCAGGCUCCUUCUUUGUUCAAUGGUUCCAGUAUCCAAGCUAAUGACCAACUGAAGGUGCCCUUCGAAGUAGAUGUAUCUGGUGGGAUUGAUAGGUAUGGCCUUUGUGAGAGAUUAUCUAUGGCUUCACCUGAGAUAAAACAAGAGCGCUCCUAUGAAAGGUUAGCUAAUGGAAAGUUGAGACUUGGCCUACCUGAAACACUUCAGAAUGGAAAUAUUGGACUCAAUGUGAAGGAGCAGCAUUGUCCAUUCACAAGUGACUUUAAGCCCAUCUAUCCCAGAAAUGAUACUUCUUCAAACCUAAGUUUGGGCAUAGCAUCUUCAUCCAAAAAUGAAAUAGAUGAUGCACCAGUUUCGGCUAUUCUUUCACAAUUACCAUCUGUCCCAAUUUCUCUGGGCAAACAGGUGUGCAGUCAGAGUGGAAUGGACUCAUCUGGUGAGGGUCAAAUACGUAAUGGGAAGUCUCGAGGAGAUGGGCGAAGCCGAAAUCAGUUGCUUCCUCGCUACCGCCCCCAGAUAACUGAUGAAGAGCUUCAGCAAAUCUCUGGAGAUUCAAAAUCCGUUAUUACCCCUUUGUUCGAGAAAAUGUUAAGUGCAAGUGAUGCUGGACGGAUUGGGCGCUUAGUGCUGCCAAAAAAGUGUGCAGAGGCUUAUUUUCCAACAAUCAAUCAUCCAGAAGGGUUACCUCUAAAAGUACAAGACCUUAAAGGGAAGGAAUGGGUAUUCCAGUUCCGAUUUUGGCCAAAUAACAACAGCAGAAUGUAUGUCCUGGAAGGAAUAACUCCUUGUAUACAAUCAAUGCAACUACAAGCUGGUGAUGUUGUAACAUUUAGUAGGUUGGAACCAGAAGGGAAGCUGAUCAUGGGUGGCAGAAAGGCUUCAGCGGUUCCAUCAUUAGAUCAGGGAGAAGAAGUUAAUGUGAUAGGUAGUGAAGCUUCAAGUCCAGGUGAUGCUAGUGCUAGAAGUAAAUGUACCGAUGUUAUUUCUGUAAAUGGUCACAUGAAAGAAAAAAUACUUGAAGACAAACCUGUCAUGCAUGUUAAGCGGAAGAAUAGCAACUUAAAUGCAAAAAGUAAACGCCUUAGGAUUGAAAAUGAGGACAUGAUGGAGCUGAAGCUCACCUACAAGGAAGCUCAAAGACUGAUUCGUGCACCUGCGAAAAUUGUUCCGUCAUCUUUUGUUGUUGAUGGGUGUGAAUUUGAAGAAUUUGAGGAAACUGAGCCAGUUAUUGGGAGGCCUACUCUUCUGGGAAUAGAUCACUCUGGUGAAAAGAUCCAGUGGGUUCAAUGUGAGGACUGUUUCAAGUGGCGUAAGGUGCCUGCAAAUGCUCUUGUUCCUUCAAAGUGGACCUGUUCAGAUAAUGGAUGGGACCUUCACAGAUCUAUGUGUUCAUCUGCUGAGGAAUUAACUAACGAACAGCUUGAAGAAAUGCUACCCGCCAUGAACAGAGGCCCUUGUAAUAAAGAGGAGAGCUCCGGAUGGGAUGCAGAUUUAUGUGUGGCUGUGGAAGGACUUGAUACACUUGCUAAUUUAGCUAUUGAAGGGGAAGGAGAGGGCCUUGUAGGUUCUUCAGAGAACAGGACAAAGCAUCCACGUCAUAGGCGUGGCUGUACAUGCAUUGUCUGCCUUCAACCUCCCAGUGGGAAAGGGAUUAAGCACCGGCAGUCUUGUGAGUGUGUCGUCUGUACUUCCUUAAAGUGUCGUUUUAGAACCUUGAUGGAGAGGCGGGAGAAGAAACAAGUGGAUAAAGAAACUGAACCACCCCCAUCUUCAUCUGAGAACUUACAAGGGCAGCUGUUACUUGAGAAGGAGCAGGAUGUUGAUGCAUGUGUUGGUAGCGACACUGCAAACAGAAGCUUAAACGAGGAAGAGGCGCCGAAUUCAGGGCAUCUAGAAGAACCUAAUGCUAGAAAAUUGUCAAGUUCACCUUUGAAAGGUCAAAUAGACCUAAAUAUCCAGCCUGAGCGGGAGGAAGAUUUCUCACCUCGUUCUGAUUGUGGGGCCGUGAAAUGCUCUCUUCCGGGUUCUGCUGAUAGAUUUUUCAGGCAGCAGCAUAGAUCAUUCGACUCCGAUGCGAUGGAGAAUUUGUUAGGGAAGCAAGAUGGAGUGGGAUGUGUGAAUAUAAUAAGUUGUGUGGCGUUAGACAAAAAGAGUGGUUAGAUGUAAUUGCCAGUGUGAAUUGGUGGAAGAAAAAUAGUCGAAAUUUUGGUUGGUUUGGCUGGCUAAAAGCUGUAUAUAUUGAAAGGGAAGGGUCUAGGGAGGAGGAAUUAAAGGUUGCAUAACCAUUAGAAUAGAGCAGAAUUUCAUAGGCUUUUCACAGUUAUCGUAUUUUUUGUAUACAUGCAUGGACGGGACCCCACUCGCUGUAUGGAUGCCUAUGUAAUUAUUAUAUUAGGAAUAGAAUGCAGCAGCUACAUCAUUCUUUCUGCAA